AUGAACUCAAAACAAUAACAUAUGACAGUAUGUCCAGCACUACUGAAGGGUGAUGAUUAACCAGACGACUUCCCACUUCGAACACAAAAUGCUAAUGUGCCCAAAAUGCCCAUUUAGAAAAAGAUUAUGCUUCAACCAAAUAAUGAAAUCUUAUAUGAGAGAUUGAAUUAAGAGGCGCAAAUUUUUAAAUAGAAUAAUUAAAUGUUAAAAGAUUAUUACGAUCAAGAAGAAUUGCGUCCUUGUUCAUUUACUCCUUAAACCUUAAAUGACGGUUAAGAAAAAAGAUCACUUUAUUAAUUUUUAUUUGAUUAACAGAAUCAUGUUCUUAAAAUAGAAUAAAAAUUAGAGUAAAUCAAAAUAAAUGAAAUGGAACGAGAUUUAUAACAUCCCUAUCAUCCAAAAACCAAUGAAUUUCAAUUCCAAUCCAGAGAUGAAUCCAUCCCCACUUAUGAGAGACUAUACAAUUUAAACUAAAAGAAGCAAAAUGAACCAAAGAUGCAAUAAUCAGAAUCAACCGUUGAUUUCAAACCUGUAAUUCAAUAGAAAUCCUCAAAUAUAGUUAGAACUUAAAAGGUUGAAGACAUCCUUUACUAAGAUGCUCAAAGGAGACAACAAAAACAAUAAGAAGUAUAAGAUAAAAAGAAUGCUCCAAAGGUUGUAACAGUAAAUGUUAAAUAUACCUCAAAUAAUAGUGAGAAGAUUGUAGCACAAAAGUUUAUCAGAGAAUUUGAGACUGUCAUAGAUUGGAUCUUUGAUUAGACAGGACAAGAGAGACCUUCUAAUGUUUCUUUUUCAAUUGAUUAUUUAAAACUAGGAGAAAUACUGUAGCGAUUAGAUUUUCUUAAUUUAUUGUAAGCUAAGGACAGCAAUGAAAGAGCUGUGGAAUAUGAGAAUCUAAGGUUGUCAGAGGAAAGAGCUUUGUUAUGUGAAAUAUGGACAGUGUUGAGAGGCGAUGAAUUAGGAGGAAUAAGCAAAAGAAAUCUUUGUUUGUUUUUAUUGACUUUGAUUGGAAUCACUGAUUUCAAAAUCAAGGAAUUACCAUCUGCUUAGAAUGAGGAAUUACCAAACUAUCAGAAAUCAAUAUAACCUCAAUAACAUAAAAUUGUAACUGCUCAUCAACCUAAUGAUAAACCUAAGUUGGGAACUAUCGAUAAAGAUGGAAAUAUCAUCUUUACAAUUGAAGAGACAAAGAAGAUCCAAAGACAAUUUGAUAUUUUAUAUAGAAACAGAUUAGGUUGCGAAGAACUCAAAAAAACAAACUGGAAAGAUGAAAAUCCUUAUAAACCAUAGAUAUUGCCUCAUUCUAAAUAAUUAGCCUGUUAGUAUAGAGAGAAAUUGUUAGAGGAAACUGCUACCUUAAUUGAUAAUUAAUUGAUCAAAGUCAAUAUUCCUGAAAAUGGCUAGAUUACUCAUGCUGAUCUAUUAGUCUUAUAGAAGAAAGCUGUCGAGUAUCAUAAGGAACAGAAGAAACAGGAGAUAUUGUAAUAAUAAUUAGAUAAAUGUCCAUUCAAACCUCAAUUACUGAAUAAUAAUGAAGAGAGAAAGAGCUACUCCAAGAAGUAAGAUAAACAUUUAUAACUAUAUUCAUUGGCCAAACCAGCAAAUUAGAAAAGAGAUAGAACAACUGAAGAGAUUGAAUAUGAAAGAUAAUUAGAGGAAUGCACAUUUUAACCUGGUUUAUAAAAUAAAGCUAGUUAAUAAUAAAAGUAGGAUAAUCAUUAUGUGAAUAAGGAUGUUGAUAAAACUGUUUAAAGAAUGAAAUAGGCAAGGUAAAGAAGAGAAGAAGUAUAAGGGAUGUUAGAGAGAGGAUAUAAAAGUAAUAAGAGCACUUAAAAUUAACAAUAAUAGGUUUAAGCAAAUUCAUAGAAAAAGGAUAGCAGAAGUGAAUCAUAAAAUCAAAUCAAAUAGGCAUCUCAAUUAUCCAGAUAGAAAAGUAUGUAAUCAGAGGAUUCUUAAUAAACGAAUACUUUCCAAUCUUAGAAUUUCCAUAUGGAUGAAUCUUAGCCAAAGGAAGAAUAGAGCAUUGUUAGAGCUGGUAGCUAAUAAGACGAGAGAAUACCAUUAUUAUUUGUGGAUGUGAAUCUGGGACCAAGCAAGACUGAAAGAAUAGUAGUCUAUGAUGGGGAUCAAUCUUGUGAUUUAGCAGCCAGAUUUGCUCAAGAACAUAAUUUGGAUGAAUUUAUGUAAGAAAAAUUAAAGGAAUUGCUGGAUUACUAAAUAAGUGGAUUACUAACAAAGAUAGAUGAAGAGGAAGGAGCAUUAAGUGAAAAUGAUUAAUGA